UUCAGUUGACGUAUAAAUAGAUUGCUUUGACUUUCACUCAAAACAAACACUUCUGUCACUCAGACACCACUUCAGACCACAUCCACGACACAAGCAGAUAGUGAUUGUGAUGGGAGUUAUCAGACAUUUCAACUCUGCCCUCAACACCAGUGACUCGGAUCUCAUUGAAGACAUUCUCGAUAAUUUACUCGAUGGCCACGAAAGUGAAGUGGAGAGGGAUGUGACGGGAGUGGAGGGCAACGUCGGCAGUGGUCGGACGGGUCGUCGUUCCCGUGAACCCCGUCUGCGGACAAACCCUUUACGUCCGGAACCGACGUUCAGAGCACUGGGUUUGCGGGGGAAGAGCCAUAAGAAGCGCCGACGAUAUGCCGAUUGUAUGCAUCCUUUCACU